CAGCGAAGCGCACGCUUGCGACUGACCGGGGUAUCCUCGCAACCCUUACAACAUCUCUCGUAUCUCCUUCACGAUAAAGAGCAAAGGCCAACCGGCCUCUGUUCCGAGUUUCGGUGUCGCUCCUCCGUGAUUGCGCCACUAAGCCAUCACCAACAUACGCAGUCUAUCAUGUUAUCGAAGGAACAAGGUCUUUUCAUAGCAGGCGUCAUUCUUUCUGUUCUUCUGACGAUUUGUUUAGCAAGAUGUCUUGACCUGAGAAGGCAGCGCCGGCGUCGCAGAUGGCCGCCUCAGCCACCAGAUAUCCCGUCACCGAUUGCGAUUCAAAAUGCGCUGAAUCGAUUAUAUACUGUCACGGAGAAGCGAACGCAGCUACACUACAGGGCCGAGGGCCACGAUACCGAAUGGUGAGCAAGCUUCUGCGAGUACCACUUAAUGUCCACAUAUCAACCAUACUAACCAACAUGCAAAGUCCCAUCUGCCUAUCGUCCUUCAGUAGGAAGUCCGAAGAGAGUCCCCGUCCAACAGACUGCGAUGUCAACACUUCUAAGGCAGGAUUAAUAAAAUGUGAAAUUAAUAAUGCCCCUCAAUCUGUAGAAGAAGAAGAAGAAAAAGAAGAAGAAAUAUUAGUCAUCCGUCAAUGUGGUCAUACGUUUUACGCGCAGUGCCUGGUCGCGUGGUUUAUGAAGGGGAAAUACCAGUGUCCAGUAUGCAGAGGUCGAUAUUAUGUGCCGACCAAGACGGAGAGGCUGGCACAGCUAAGAGAGAUGAUUACUGCGUAGCCUACUACUACUAUCACCUCCAUACCAUUUAUCUAUGAAACAUAGGAAAAAUGAGUGGUGAAAGCAAAUUAAAUUGAUAUAGAUAUUGCAGGAGGACGUCGCGAGUUAUACGGAGAAAUGAAGCUCCCAUAUGCUGUUAAAGCUCCCCAGCGCUACUCCCGGUACU